AUGGUUCCCCAAUCCAUCUCUGGUUUCUUUUCUCCUCUUAGCAAAGAGAGUCUCAACUCCGGCGUCACACUCACGAGUUCCCGCACCCUUCACCCCAUUCUCGCCAAAGCCGAGACCAUCUACGAAACCAAACCCGACGGGUUCAUCCUCACUUCUGUCGUCUAUGGCGCGGACGGUGACAUUCCAGAUAUCUUCAUCGAGGUCUGCUCCCCUCGUGCCUCUCACCAAUCCUACAAAGAUCGCCACGACGCCCUCGUCAUUCAACGAAUCCUCAAUCUUGUGGCCAAGAACGCUCUUGCGUCCGCCACCGAGGAUGGCAAGGGCAUCUACCGCACCGCCCGCCAGGCCAAGCAGGCCGUCCACCAAGCCAUCAAAGACCUCCAUGGCAUUCACGGCAAGGCUGGAUACUUUCGCUUUGCCCAUGUCCACUUUAGGUCCUUUGACAAGCUCAAAGAGGCCAGAAUGGCCACCAAACCCUACAUCACCCAGGGACAGGGCGCGAGCGUGAACCUGGAUCAGGCAUGCCAGCAGGUGAUGGAUGGCUUGAAGUCCACUAGGCAAGCCUUGGAAAGAGAGUUGUCCGAGCAGAAGCAGAAAAAGGUGUUGUUUGCGGAGAAGAAGAGGAUGUUGGACAUGGUUUUGUUGGAGGACAGGAGAACGGCUCGCUGGAUUCAGGAAUCGUCUUUUAAAUCCUGUCUUUCUUCUGUUAACUUUUUUUCAUCGCCCCCACUUUACCGUAGCCAGUCUUGCGUAUACUAG